AUGGCCGCGAAUUGGGAAUCGUCGUCGCUUCGCUUUCCCGCGCCUGGCGCGCCCUGGGAGCCGUACGAGCAGCAGUAUGAAUCGGGAGGCUACUACGCCACGCCGCCGGCGCACCAGUGGGCUGCCGCCGACGGCUACCCCGCCGCCCCGGCACAGCCUCCCGUCUUCUUCACAGCCGGCCAGCUGACCUUGGCCAGCUCGCCCUCCAAGAGCGGCGGAUGCCACUCCGACCACUCCACGCCCGGCAGCAGCGGCAGCGCAGCGGCGCACGGAGCGGCGCACGGCCCGCCGCCGCCGCGCCAGCACCAGCAGCGCCUGACGCCUGCCACACCCGCCUACACUCACCAGCUGGAGCUGCACAAUGCCGAGCUGCUGCGCCAGUGCCAGGAGCUGCAGGAGCGCCUGGAGGCUGCAGCAGCUGCUGCAGCGGAGCGACAGGACUCGCCCGCCCGCAGCGGCGCCAGCACCCAGCUGCCCGGCGGCGACCUGGAUGCCGAGCGGCGGCUGGAGCGGCGGCUGGCAGCCAAGCAGCGCGAGGCGGAGGCCGCCGCCGCCGCGCUGGCGGCCGCGCAGCAGCAGGUGGCGGCGCGGGAGGCGGAGGUGGAGGCGGAGCGGCGGCGCGCUGCUGAGCUGGCGGAUGAGCUGGCGCACAGCAGGGACGACGCGCUCAAGCGCGAGAAGGAGGUCAAGGCGCUGCAGCAGCGGCUGGAGGCGGCCACCUCCCACGCCGGGCUGCUGGACGACUCGGCGGCGGCGCUGCGCCGCCAGGGCGGCGAGAUGGGCAAGGCGCUGGCGCAGCGGGAUGUGGCCAUACGGGGCCUGGAGGAGCGGCUGCAGGCGCUGCAGGUGUCGCAGGGCAGCAGGGAUAGGCAGCUGGAGGCGGCGGCUGGGGAGCGCGAGGCGCUGCUGCGGGACAACGCCGCGCUGCACCGCCAGGCACAGGCGCUGCAGGCGGAGGUGCGUCGGCUGGAGGCUGCACUGGCAGAGGCGCGCGGCCAGGCGGCGGCGCUGCGCAGCCGCAGCCGCGAGCUGGAGGUGGUGGCAGCCUCGGCUGCCGCGGCGGCCGCCGCCGCGGCCCAGCGCGGCAGCGGCACCACCCCGCCUGCCAGCGCCACGAGCGGCCGCCAGCUGGAGGCGCAGCCUGGGGGCGGCGCCGACGGCACGUCGCCGGCAGCGCAAGGCCAGCAGCCGCGCUGGGCUGGCGCGGAGCACGGCGGUGCUCCCCAUGGCAGCGGUGCCGGCUUCAGCGAGCACCACCCUCACCAGCAGCAGCGCCUGGCGCAGCUGCCCGGGCCUGGGCCCGCCGGCCGCCACAGCUACGCGCCGCAGCCUCCCUUUUCAGACGAGGGCAGCUUUGGCGGCGGCUAUGCUGCGCAUGGCAGCCACGGCCCGGCCAGCUGGUUCGGAGGACCCAAUGUGGAGGAGGAGGAGGAGCAGUCUGGCAUGGUGAACCCUCGGGCCAGCUUGCAGGCGCUGCCGUACCGCGCCGCGCCAGCUCACCCGGUGCACCCACAGCAGCAGCGGCAGCACCAGCACCAGGACCAUGCUUUCCAGCCCCAGCACCAGGUGGCGGCGGAGGCCGUGAGCGCCGGCUGCCCAGACGGGGCGCUGCGCGUCGUGUUUCAGCGCCACAACCAGCCCGCCGCCGCGGCCGGCGCCCGCUACACCUCAGCUGCUGGCCCCGCUGGCAGCGACACUUGCAGUGUGUCCAGCCGUGCUGGGCCGCCCUCCGUCUCCUCGCCGUUUGUGGCGCAGCCGGGUGGCGGGGAGGAGGAGCGGGAGCUGACGGCACACCUGCAGUCUGUGGGACUGGGCACUGGGCCUGGCGCUGCCAGCCCAUUCGGCACAGACGACACCCUCCAGGACAUGCUGGCCCGCACGCAGGCGCUGGAGGGGCGCCUGCUGGCGCUGAAUGCGGAGAGGAACGAGCUGGAGGCGGAGAGCGCGCGCAUGCCCUCCCACACCGCCGGCCGCACGCUGCAGGAGCGCAGGCGCCGCGCCGAGGUGGAGCGCCGCCUGGAGGCGAUCGGCAGGGAGUGCAGCAAUGUGCGCCUGCAGCUGCGCCGGCUGGGCGUGAAGUGA